AAAAAGUUAUGAGGAGUUUUUUUUUCUAAAAAAAAAGAAACCUUGAAACCAAGAUCAAUAUUUCUUAUUGAUCGCGUCCAUGAACCUCCAUAGACUACUACUACCUUCACAUGUCGCGGCCUCGCUCGACCAUGGCGAAGCGCCUCCGCCGUCGUCUCUACAGUAUGUUGCCGUCCUUGGGAGGAUUACGCUCCAAAGGUGAUGCCGUCGCUCCUCCCUCUUGCUUCGAUCGAGACCUGGCCCUCAGUCAACCUUCUGCUUCCCUCCUCCGCGAACAACCUCUUGUAUCCCCCUCACGCUGCUGCCCCUCCCAGUCCCGGCGACGAGCGCCUCCAGAAGGCCUUCUCCUUCACCCGGGCUACCCGACUCCGGCCUACCUAUGGCGGAAUGAAAAGUGGUGGCACGUAGUGACCUGCGCUGCAAUCGGCGGAAGUGAUGGCCACUAUCCCACCGUUCCUCGGCAGAAAAUUGACUCCGACGACGGGGUUUUCCCCCCGCUGGUCCUCCGACGGGUAAGAAGGGGGAAGGCAGUGACGCGGAGGCCGAGGUCUUCGAUGCGCUUCCGGCGGCGGGGCAGAAGUAAUUCCUCGGCGGACGACGAAGACGACGAGGAGGACGAUGACGACAGCGGGUGGUUCAGCAGCGGCGAGGAAAUGGGGGCGACGAUAUCGACGUCGGAUGUGGAAUCUUCCGACAAAGUGCCGCGGCGGCGAUGGCCGAGGAAAAAUGGCAGGGUCAUGACGACGAAAAGAUGCGCGGCCUGGACGAAAAGGGGGACGGCGGUCGGGAGGCUGAUUCCGUUCGCAUCGCCGGCGGUGAAGGAGAGUUUCGCGGUGGUGAAGUUGUCGGAGGAUCCUGAGGAGGAUUUUCGGCGGUCGAUGGCGGAGAUGGUGGCGGAGAAGAAGAUGUACGACGUGGAGGGGCUGGAGCAGCUUCUGUGCUGCUUUCUGUCGUUGAAUUCGAGCCAUCACCACGCUGCCAUUGUAGCAGCCUUCGAGGACAUAUGGGACACGGUUUUUCCGGCGGAGAUUGUCGGCAAUGUUGGCUGAUAAUCGUGUUACCAUAACUAGCUCUGAAUUUGGGAAAGUUGUAGCCAGCCAUUAGGAAUACACACUGUGACAGUCAGUAGUUUAGUACUGAUAUUUGCAAUAAAUUUUGAGAAAAUAAAUCUGAUUUGCUUGUAUUUUACUUUUACUACGGCAAUUUUACAAGACCGUCCA